AUGGCUGAUGCAAGACACCGUGAUGCAAGACACCGGGGAAGCCACGCCUACGAUGACGAAAUCCAGCAGCGUCACAGAGCUAGCCACCCGCCCCUGAUAGAAGAAUCCCCCGCGCCUGCACCUCCAUCACCCGCCGCCGCCGCCAACGACAACGACAACGAUAACGGGGACUUGCCCGCUCUUACGCUCUCGGAGCGUCUGCGCUCGGAACACCGCGGCCAGCUUAUGUAUUGCGUGGAGAGUCGGACGGUGGCCAACAAGGACGUGUGGGUAUUAAACGUGGCGGAAAUGCAACGGCUGAACCUGCAGGUAAUGCGUAACAGGCUUGCGAAACUGGCUGUUGUGGAUCUAAGGGUGGAGGUGGGUGAUGCGUGGAGUGAGAGGAAUGCGAGGGAGUUGGAAAGGGUGAUGCAUGCGUACUGCGACGCGCUCCGCGACUGGGACUACAUGAAUAGCCAGCGGUCCGCGCACGAAUUCAUCAACGACCCGUUCAAGCUGUGCAGCUCACAGGCCCGCGACCACAGCCUGAUGGAAGAGAGCGGGCUCAUGGACAAGAUGCCGUCGCGCUGGCGCGCGCUGCUGCCCAGACGACAGGUAGUACCCGACGAUGCGGAGGCGCCGCAGCUCCCGGGACAUGCGCGCGGGCACUGGAAGAAGACGCGGGACCUGCGCGCCGUGACGGAACGCUUGAUGUAUGGGAUCCUGGGCGGGCUGGCGCUGGUUGUGCCGAUGUUGGUCAUGGUGUUGCAUAAUACUGUUCUGACGGCCCUGCUUACCGUGUCCGUGGCCACGAUCCUGUUUGCGGCGUUGUGUGCGUUUUAUGCGGAGGUUGGACCGAUGCAGCUUGUCGGGGCGACUGCUGCGUAUGCUGCUGUGCUGGUUGUGUUUGUGGGGACUACGAAUUCUUUGUCUUAG